AUGCACUGUAAACGGCAUAAAGCGAAAUGUAAUGCUUCAGUUGAUAGUGCUUGUUCAAGGUGUAUUAAUUUGUCUUUAACAUGUAAUUUUACUAAUCAACAAAAACGUGGACCAAAGAAACAUUUACCCAGUUUUAUAACUAAAGCAGCCAAAGUUGAUAAAUUUCGUAGUCCUUAUAUUUUAGUAGCAUGUCGUCCCU